AUGUUAACUUGUGCUUCUCUAGUCAAAAGUUACGCACUACGAUUAUUACUAAUAUUCGUUAGUGCAUUAAUAAUCAAAUGUGAUGAUUUAAAUAAUCACUUUAAUAUAAAAGAAAAACAUUACUGUCCAUUUAUUGAAACUUUAUCUUUCGGAUCAAAUAUUGAUAUAAAAUGUAAUAAUACUUAUUUAAUAUUUAAUGAACUAAAUAAUAAUAGUUUGAAUUGGAAAUUUGCUAAUCAAAGUUUAUUUUGUCAACAAAAAGGCAAACAAGAAGCAUUUGUUAAUCAAUGUAAUAUAACUCGAAUUGAUUCGAAAUAUUUAAAAGUUCCAGUUUAUAAACCAAUCUCACCUAUGAUUCACGUUACUCAGCUUGACGAUGAUUAUCAGAUAGUAUAUACAUUUAAUUUAACUACUAAUGAAUUAGCCGAAGAUGAAGCAUUUGAAAUUUUAUGGGCAAAACGUUCUGGACCUAUUGAGAAUUCAUUUAAUUAUUGGUUUUUAAAAGGAUGUGUUGCUCCUGAUGUACAGAUUCAUGAAGAUACUGGCCAUACAAUCAUAUUUGAUGUUAAUGAUAUUUCAAUUGAUAGAGUUGAAUUUAUUAUUCGUCGUUGUAAUCGCUUUUGUCGACGUUAUUUAGUAUGUGAUAACGAUGAAUUUUACAAUGAAUUAUCCUCAAAUAAUUUCCUUACACCAGAUUCUAUUGAAAAAAUUAGUUGUGAUUAUAAUUGCUUGAAUGGCAUAGUUCAUUCAACAACAAUCAAUAAUAUUGUACAAGAUGAUAAAUUAUUAACACCAAAUCAAUUAAUCAAUAGAAAUCAUACAAUAAAAUUUUUAAUUUUAUUUCCUAUUCUAGGAUUAUUAAUGAUAGUUUUAUUUAUAAUAUUCGCUUUUUUUAUUAUUUAUCGAAUGAAAGUUUUACGAAGACAAAAUGUAUAUACGAAAACAGACCAUAUUAAUGUUGAUGACAACAAAUGA